AUGGAAGAGGUCACAUAUAAAAAGCACAAAGAUAUAGACACUGUCGAAUUACAUCAGAGAAUUGGACGACGGGUGAAGCUUGAGGUCCUCAAUUUAGGUAGAUAUGGAGGACUGGAGAAACUUCCGGAUUCACUGGGGAAUCUGAGAUCACUAGUUGAGUUGAAUUUAUCGGGUACACGAAUUACUGAACUACCCGAUACUAUUGGGAAUCUAAAGAAGCUGAGAAUUGGACGACUAGUGAAGCUUGAGGUCCUCAAUUUAGGUAGAUGUGGAGGACUGGAGAAGCUUCCAGUUUCAUUGGGGAAUCUGAGAUCACUGGCUGAGUUGGAUUUAUUGGGGACACGAAUUACUGAACUACCUGAUACUUUUGGGAAUCUAAAGAAGCUGAGAGUGAUCAAGAUGACAAGAAUUAAGAUUAAGGAGUUGCCAUCCUCCAUUGGGAUGCUGAAGAGGCUUGAAGUGCUGGACGCUGAGCUGUGUAGAUCACUCGUAGAGAUUCCAUCAACAAUCGAGGGUCUCACCUGCUUGAGGGUCUUGAAGUUAAGAGACACCAGUGUCUGCCGAUUGCCGCCAAAGCUUCCCACCAAGUUGGACUCCUUGAGUUACAUCUCUUUCUGGUAUUGCAAGGUGAGAAAUCUUGCUGGGUUUUGCCUGCCAGAAAGUCUAUGUGAACUGGAUAUAGCUUGUUGUUUCUUUCUCAAGACUGUAUCUGCUCUAUCACAUUUGAAGAACUUGAAAAAAUUGGAAGUUUCGAGCGUCACAGAGCUAGUCGAGAUCCGAGAUUUGGGGGAAUUGGAAUGCUUGCAAACGUUAAAUAUUAGUUAUUGUGAUCGCUUGAAGAGAUUAGAGAACCUUUCGAAGUUGAAAAGGCCAAAAACAAUUGAGAUAAGGAAUUGUCAAAAGUUCAAAGGCAUUGACGACAUCAGCGAAUUGGAAUCCCUGGAAACUCUUCAUAUACAAGGUUGUGAUUGCGAAGAUGUAAACAUCCAACGUUCAUCAGGCGAAAUGGGCAGUAGUCCAGGAAGUGGCGCUUUGAAGAUUUGGAUUGAGGUGAUUGAAUUCAACAACUCUGAACUGAACUUACUUACGAACGAGGCAGUGGAUAUAGAAACACAAGAAGUCUCUAUCUUGUGCGGUGCCUUGGAGCUGGCGACCAGCAGUGAGGUCACGAAGCAGCGCUACCGGGCAAGCAUCAUCGACUAUACAACAAAGGCUUGA